AUGGCUGCCACCAACAGCGCUAGCGUGAUUUUGAAGCUUCUGAUUGACCCCAAAAAGCCACAAAGUUCUUGCAGAUCAUGUAACAUUUCCACCCCGGUGUCUUAUGUUUCUCCAUCUGCUCCUACUAGAGCAACCUCCAGCAAUAUUAAGGCAGGCUAUGUCAAGGGUGGUGUUAUUUACAUGAUAAUGCAUAAUUUGGAAGUGAAGCCAAUGACCACCGAAUCAAGUGUUGCAGUACUUCAAAAGUUCAAUGUGAAGGCGAUUGAUGCACUUCAAGUUAAGGAGGGUUUGAAGUUGGUGAAGGCAUCAUCGGAGUCAAAUACUGCUCUUACCAAUGUCUUACUUGGAAAGAAAUAG